AUGAGAUUGCUUAUAGUGGCCGUUGUGAUUCAUGUGCUGUUUUUGUUAUCCAUUUUCUACAUACAUUUUCAAUCUCCUAUUCUUAAAGAUUUGCCGGUUGGUGGAGAGCACGAUCAACCACCCGCUGAUAGAUUAGUUCUCUUCAUCGGUGAUGGCUUGAGAGCCGAGUCCUUUCUGAAAUACGAUUUAAAUCGUACUAGUUUUCUCCGAAACAUCCUUCUUACAGAAGGUGUGUUUGGAAUUUCUAGUACUCGUGUUCCUACCGAAUCGCGGCCAGGUCAUGCAGCAUUGCUUGGAGGUGUAUACGAAGACCCGAGCGCCGUUUUUCGAGGAUGGAAAGAAAAUCCGGUAGAAUUUGAUUCAGUGCUGAAUCGUUCUAGCACGAGCUAUAGUUGGGGCAGCCCGGAUAUCGUCAAUAUGUUCUCCCGAGGCGCUACGCAAGGACGUGUCCAUGUGGCAGCUUACGAUAGUAACGAUGAAAGUUUUGCUCAGUCCGCCAACACCUCUUUGCUGGACAUCUGGGUGUUUGACCGGGUUCGACAGUUUCUAUCCAAAGAGGAUACCAUACGUGAUGUUUUUUCGCGUAAAAAAGUAAUUUUAUUUCUUCAUCUAUUGGGUUUAGAUACCGCCGGACACGUACACAAACCUCAUUCGACACUCUUUACAGAAAAUUUAAUUAUCGUGGAUGAAGGCAUUAAAUCAAUCGUCCAACUUGUAGAACAAGUGUCCCAGAACGAUAGGCGUACUGCAUUUAUUUUCACAUCGGAUCACGGAAUGACUGAUCAAGGAUCUCAUGGUUCAGGCCAUCCGCUAGAAACGGAAACUCCUUUUCUUGCUUGGGGAGCAGGAUUCAACCAUGCUGCCAAUGGUUUUCCAGUUGUAGAGGACGUUUUGGCGUUAGGUGAUAAGAAAAUUCCGAUACAUUACUUGAAUCAAGCAGAUGUGGCUCCUCUCAUUUCGGCUGUACUCGGUAUUAGUGUGCCAAAGAAUAACUUAGGAAAAUUACCUCGAUCGCUGCUAAGUGUUUCGGAGGAGUAUGCUGCCUGGGCCAUGAAAAAUAAUGCAGAUCAACUAUUAGCUCAAUACAACCGUUGGCAACGGGAAUCGGAAGGAAAAAUGUUGCAAUGGCUUACAAGCACAAAGCAAACCAGUUUCAAGAUUUUGAUUGAAGCUCUACAAUCAGAGAUAUCCAGUGCAACAUUGCGCAAACAAUACAGUGAUGUGCAAACUUUAUGUAAAAUGCUAAUGGAUACAACUUUAAGUGCCAUCGAAUACUUUCAAAGCUACUACAAGCCACAUCUGUUUGUUGCACUUACUCUGACAAUGUUAGGUUGGUUACUGCUGCUUGCCAAAGAAACGUUUUCUGUUAAUGCUGGUACUCACCUUUCAGCUUAUCAUCUUCGUAACAGUCGUUCGGUUGCAACAAUAGCAAUGUUAAUCGCAGUAUUAGUUGUGGCUUUCAACAUCGUACAAAACACGCCCGUGAUAGUAGUUUUAUAUUUUGUGAUCCCUAUAGCACUUUGGGGUUUCAUAGGAACACGCUGGAGAAAAUACGUGCUAUUAGUGCGAGGCAAGUCGGGGAUGUACUUUGCAGGUUUCGUGGUGGCUGUUGAGUUUUUGGUGUUAGCGUUCAUGGAUCGUCGCUUAUUGGCACUUUUGCUUUGGAUUCAUUGUUUCCUUGUGGUUAAACCGUUAUUCAAUAACAAAAACAAAUUGAUGAUACUGCGAUGGAUAAUCUGCAAUGGCCUAUUGUCUGGGUUUUUUCUGAUCCCAACUAUAGGACGUGAUAAUUCAAGCUUUUUACUACUGAGCUUUUCAGUGAUCGUUUGGACUGUAAUCAAUAUAACUUCUAUUUAUAAAACUAAACAUGGGUUCGUCUUCAAAAGUACCAUGCUUUUGAUACACUUAUUACAGCCGAUAAAUUUACUUGUUUUGAUAAAUUUCAUCGAAGGAUCGAAACAUAUUCCAAUGAUAUGCAGAUCUUUAUGCUGGAUGUUCUCAGCUUUUGGAUUAUUACUACCAUUUUUCACAUCAACAUGCAUUCAGGAUCGAGUGUGGGCAUUAUUUAAUGGCCUAAGCGCCCCCUACAUGAUGCUUUCGCUAUCUUAUGAACCACUUUUUUUGUUAUGUUUUUGUUACACAUUGUACGUAUGGUUGCAGUUGGAAAACAUCGCAUCUAAUAAAACAAUUAAGCUAAAUGCUUUUUAUUUUUCGACGUCAUUACAUACAGAAGGAACUAUCGGUUUCGAUAAUACACGUCGUACGUUUGGAUUCAUGCUUUUUCUCCUGACCUCAUUUUUUGGUACGGGUAAUUUGGCGACGGUCAGUUCAUUUGACCCUAAUUGGGUUCGUUGCUUUGUGGCCACUUUCUCUCCGUUUACCAUGAUGGCGUUGAUCCUUCUCAAGCUGCUAAUACCUGUGAUACUUCUGGUAUGCGUGUUGAGAGCAAUGGUUAUAGUAUGCUCGGUGCACAAGACGAAACUUUUCAAUCUCACGUUGAUUGUAUGUGAUUGGAUGUGUUUAAAUUAUUUCUUCCUCGUGCGAAACCAAGGCUCAUGGAUGGAUAUUGGCUCGUCCAUUUCACACUUCGUGAUCCUGGAAUGUACCACGAUUUUGGUGAUAAUGUUUUAUGAACUGGCUCGCAUCGUGACUGAAGUGUCUUUAACUACCAGAUCUUCCAGAAGCGAGGAACAUUCAGCUUCUUCACAACGUUUGCCUUUCGUUACAGUUUCUAAUAAAGAGAGAAUCGAGUAA